AUGAAUAGGAAAGAUUUGACAGAAGCUCAUAAUGGAUCUGGAGAGACUAAAAAGCAGUACUCACCCGAGCAACAAAUAUUCGUUAAAAAUUCAUUGGCUUCUCUUUACAAGAUAGCACUACGUUAUACGCAAGAUACAGUUAAAGUUAAUCUCCCGUCAUUUGAGCUUAGUCGUGCUACAAGAGGUCUCGAGGCCUCGAGGCUUGACGGUCUCGGUUCCGUAGUAAAAAGUAUAACCGCAUUAAUAACUGUUGCGUCAUCCAGAAAGGGACGCAGCAAUCACUGCCCGAGCGAGAGAGGUGGCACCGCGGCGGCCAACGCCCGUGCCAUUAGUGAGCUGCAACAUCGCUCGACGCGCACACGCGUACCUGUCUUAUAUGGAACAAUACACAUCAUUUAUACAGUCCACCGCCUUUUAAUUGGCUCCAACGAGCUAACGAUCCCAACAUUGGUCCUUCGAGCCGGAUCAUUGGUCCUUCGAGCCAUCAUUGAUCCUUCGAGCCAUCGUUGGUGUUUACGUCAUUGGUAUUUCGAGCCGGACAACGAGAACAAAGAACAUCGGAAAUUGGUUUGA